UUGCCUUUGUAUAUAUUUAUAUGUAGAUAUGUAUAUAUAAACAUAUAUUUAUAUGCCCAUGUGGAUUCGCAAGUUGCGUGCACGGCAAGUUAAAUAGUUUUUUGUUGUCUUUACCGCAAUCACAAAAUUUAAUUCUUACCGUUAAGCUGUUCAAUUACUUUGCAUAUUGAGGCAAAGCUGUUUUUGUAUACACGUAUUGUUGCUGUGUUAGUGCAAUGAAAUCGUAAACGCAUGCGCAACAUUUUGGCUCGAAGCGUAGAAACAUUUGGCACAACCAUAAACCACAAACUUGCCUCUGUGUCAACAGCAACAACAAGAACAACAACUAUACUUCUACGCCUGUUAGCCGUCUGGUGAUAUUGCAAGUAAGACACUCAACGCAGUCGACAUACUUGACGAAAUAUUUCACUUGCAUGACUUUUCUUUCGAAAUGGAGUGAUUCCUUGAGGACUUUUAAUGCGGGAAACACAACACAAUAUAAUAUAAUAUAAUUGUAUGAAAGAAAUCAUAAUUUGCUGGGAAUAUGAGUCGCCUACAUGUAAUUGUUCAUCCUGUGAAAAAGGAAUUACGUCGGGAUAAAUGCGGUUUCGAUCACACACCAGCAGAUGACUUCGUUAAAUCACAAUGGCAGAAUUGCACCAAAAGCGUUGUGUAUUUAAUUUAUCGUUGGCUUAUUGCGUUGUUCUUCACCGCCGUCGUCAUAGAUUCGAUGCUCGAAAAGGAGGAGGGUUCAUCGACUAACUUUUGGCUGUAUUUUAUUUACCUGACCAAUUGGGGUGUAAUGCUUUGUAUGCUUACGAAUCUAUUGGGCGCCAUUUUGGUCACCACAUGGCAUUUUCAUCCAGAGUAUGCGGAUAACCUGUUAAAUAUGGAGUCGCUAACUAGUCCAUUCGUCAUCUACUGGGGCAUGCAUAUUAUAUCUUUAGUCCUUUCAAUAGUGAUAACCGUCAUCUAUUGGAGUGUACUCUAUGAUGCUGCUGAGAGCUCAUUAAACGCCACGAACGUGCUGACACAUGCCUGCAAUUCGAUUUUUAUGUUCAUCGAUUUGCUGAUUGUGGCGCACCCGUUGCGGCUACUGCACAUGUUUCUACCAGCGUUAUUUGGUAUCAUAUUUGCAAUAUUCUCCGUCAUAUAUCAGACAUGUGGCGGCAAGAACAGAAGGGGCAAACCGUACAUUUAUCACGUGAUUGAUUGGCGUGAACCGUUAAAUGCCACGCUUGUGGUUCUUGGCGUGCUUCUGCUUACCUGCUGCAUCUACUUGAUACUCUUCACCAUCUACAAGCUGCGCACGCUGCUCUACAGACGCAUAAAUAAUGCCUCAUACUACUUUCCAACAACAACGCCGCACACUGGCGGUGCCGAGAAGUCCGCAAAUGGCACUUUGCCGAAAACAGUUAAAGGCACGGGCAUCCAGCAUUCGCCUUCCGGUAUUUCCAUGGUGUUCGGUAACUUCAACACGCCCACUGGCUAUCAUAACGAAGCGUUCACGAGUAGCACCGAGAAGUUGGAGCGGUAUUAAGCAAUUAUUGCGGGGAGCUUACAGGGAAACAAUGUGUAGUUCAAAUUAAAAUUGUAGGAUUAAUGAAUAUUAUUUGUAUAUAUACAGUGGCUCCAUCGCAUAAUCGGACAGAAGUUUAUCUAAUGUUAAUGUGCUCCAAACAUAAAGAUAAAAAAGCAGAAUGUAUUUUUUUUUUGCUUUGAUUUACCCUUCAUAAUACUGUCUCUCUCAUCAAUAAAAAAAACAGUUAUCCUUUACGAUAACUGUAAAUUUGAGUAGCAAAACAUAAAUAUCUCAAUUUUUUGCACUCAACGAAUAAUCGGACAAACCAAAAUAGCAAUGCUAAAUGUGCCGUUAUUUUGUAAAUGCGCACUUUACAAUCACAUUUUUUGGUCUUAUUUAGUCAUAAAUGUUAUUUAGUCGCAGAAGAGUUUAGAAUUUUGUAAAUUAUUUUUAAAAUGGCUCCAAACGGCAAGCAAACUUCGCUCGAAAUAAGGCAACUAAUAGUGAAAUUGAAUGGUGAAGGUAAAACCGUCCGAGAAAUCGCUGAAUUGGUAGGAAGAAGCAAAUCCACGGUCCAUGAUGUGAUCAAGAGGUUCCAUCAUGAGUUCAGAUUGGCUAAUAGAAGCAGAGAAGGUCAAGGCAAGAUAUUAUCUGUUCGAGAAGAGCGUUCUAUAGUAAAUGAAGUCGCAAAAGAUCCUUUCAAAACGGCAAAAGAACUUAAAAUUUCUUUAAAAAAUCGUUGUGGUAAAGAUGUCUGCCUAAAUACUAUUCGUAAUACGUUACACAAAUACGAUUACCAUGGUAGAAUUGCAAGAAAAAAACCUUUCAUUAGCCAUCAAAAUAAAAAUAAAAGGCUCAAAUAUGCUAAGGAGUAUUUAUUAAAAUCAGAAGACUUUUGGAAUCAGGUAGUUUCACAUUAUUUCAUCUCAAAAUACAUUUAUUUUGAUAGUUUUCCCUGUUUUCAGGUUUUAUUCACUGAUGAAAGCAAAUUUAACUUGCAUGGAUCAGAUGGCAAAAUGUUUGUGUGGCGUAAACCAAAUGCCGAAUUUGCUCAUAAAAAUACAAAAGCCACUGUGAAGCACGGAGGGGGCUCUGUCAUGGUUUGGGGAUGCAUGUCAAGUGCUGGAGUAGGCAAUUUGCAUUUUAUUGAUGGUAAAAUGGACAAAUUUGGCUAUCUUAAUAUUUUGAAACAAAAUGUUAAGCAAAGUGCGGAGAAGUUGGGUAUCGCGAACCAGUUUGCUUUUUAUCAAGACAACGACCCCAAGCACACAUCGGGCGUUGCAAAGCUUUGGUUGAUACACAACUGCCCUAAACUAAUACAAACACCACCGCAGAGCCCUGACCUUAAUGUAAUCGAGCAUUUGUGGGAGGAAUUAGCUAGAAGAGUGUAUCAGAAAAAGUUUAACACAUUAGGUGAGCUAAAGGAGGCCUUAUUGCAGGCUUGGAAUUCCAUAGAGCCGGAGGUGUGUCAAAACUUGGUAAAAUCUGUUCCACAGCGCUUACAGGCUGUUCUGGAUAACAAGGGUUAUGCAACCAAGUAUUGACUCCUUUUGUUUUAUAUAUUAAGUAGCUCUAUUUUGUUUUGUCCGAUUAUUCGUUGAGCAUAAAAAAUUGAAUUGUUUUAGUUUUUUUAUUUAAAUUGACAGCUUAUAUUUAAAAAAGUUACCUUUCUUUAUCACUAAAGCAGACGAUAAUAUGAAGUGUAAAUAAAAGCAAAAAACAACACAUUCUGCUUUUUUAUUUUAAUGUUUGGAGGACAUUUAUGUUAGAAAAACUCUUGUCCGAUUAUGCGAUGGAGCCACUGUAUGUAUGUAUAGUAGUUUGCAUGCGUGUUUAAAGUGUAAUGAUUAACACCUCAUUUUUCGUGACUAAUGUACAAAAUAAGUUUAAAAACAUUUAUUGUUUCACUUUUAUCUGCAUUUAGUAAAUUAAUAUUGAAAAGUACGUUUUUCAGCAUGUUUAAGAAUAGACGUAGCAUUAGUUAAGAAAUCUCGAACUGGUUGUGCGUAUACCUUUAAAAAAAUGUCAAAUAUAAAAUAUAAAAUAUACAA